AUGAAGUACGUGCUGGUAACCGGGGGGGUUGUGAGUGGGCUGGGGAAAGGCGUGACGGCCAGUAGCAUAGGUGUCGUCCUUAAGGCAUGUGGUCUCCGCGUUACCUCCGUCAAGAUUGGUUCGUGUUCCGUGCUCAUUUGCGCCACCAGUACUCUUCCCUCGUUCCCCCUUCUGAUCCAUUCCUGGACUCCGCCAUUGUUUUCUUCGGCUACGUCCUUCGCAAUACGUCGUUCGCAGGACGUAUCAUAGUUUUGUCGAUAGCGUUUUAGCUUAUCAUUUGUGAGCUGUUUACGCAUGCAUGUCCGACAUUUGUCACAUUCUCUCCGCUUUCCUGGAGAUUGAAAAAGCCGCGUACCGCCUUGUGUUUGCACUCUUCUUUCUGAUCCUAUUCAAUACUUUUUUUCUUUCUUCUCUGGGGCUUCGGGUUUAAAACUAUCUCAAUUCAUAUUCCUCAGUUGCUAAGUUUAUUUCACCCCUUAAAAUACGUUCGGAGUGCACGUCUGUAGACUUUCCCUUUCCUCCAUUUUCUAUGGGUAAGGUAAUGUUUUUCGGACGGUAUAAAUAUGCCCACAGACGUGUUGCAGAAUGAUUUAUGUUGUAAAGCCCAUGCCUUUGAUUUAAAAUUAUUCUAUGUGAUAAUAAAUGGCAGACGAACCUUUUUCUCUCUUUUUUUUUCCGUUUUUCUCCACUAUAUGCUUACAUGCAUUCUUUCAAGUUAGCUGCGACUAAAAUUUCCAUUUAGCAAACUAUUACUUCAAGAUUGUCAUUAUCCGUCAUACUUGAACAUGUGGUCGUCUUUUAGUCAAUAACCCCUGGAAAUCUGUCAUAUAAGGUUUCAUGCAUGUGAAUUCGUACUUGAUGUUUUGGACGUCUUACUGAUUUUAGCCAUGCUCUUUACUGUGUACCGACUUGCAGAUCCGUACUUAAACACUGAUGCAGGAACGAUGUCCCCAUUUGAACAUGGGGAGGUAUUUGUGUUGGACGAUGGUGGUGAGGUAAGGGGCUAUCGGAAGUUUAUUUCAUCUCCGGGCAUUUUAUUUUGUGAACCUUUGAGAAUCCCCUGGGUUUACCGUUAUUCUCCAGUGGUCUAGUUAUUUACCGCUCAAAAGUUUAUAUUUCGUGAAACCUCUGUUUUCCACUUCAAAAUCUUCCAACUUCUCAUGUAUACAUGAUGCGAGGUGGUAUAGUUGAAGGUUUUACUGAUUCUCUCUAUAUGCAUGUGCUAUUUAGCCCUGUUUUUGCUAUUUUUUUUUUCUGAAUGAAAAUAUGUUAUAUACAUGUGUUAUUUAAACAUGCGGCGUGAGGAAAAGGACAAUGUUUAACCUGUCUCAACUCAGAUAGUUAUUAAUGUUCUAAUGCGAUGUCCUGUUAUGAAGGUUGACUUGGACCUUGGAAACUACGAAAGGUUCCUUGAUAUUAAGCUAACUCGUGAUAAUAAUAUUACUACUGGGAAGAUCUAUCAGGUAUUGGCUGUUUUUAUGAAAUUACUUUUUCAUUGGUAGUGUAGCUAUGUAAUGUAAUGAGGCUUCUUUAUUAUCUUUAUGUUCAUCCAACUUAUCACCCUAGCCAUCUAAAGUUCUGCUGCAUUGUCGACAUGCUUUAAUGCAGUCUGUUAUUGACAAGGAGAGAAGAGGAGAUUAUCUUGGGAAGACUGUGCAGGUAAGUCUCUUAUUGACAUAAAUUUUCAUACGAUUUUUCAAAUACUACAAGAAACAACUUCUGAAUGUCAACGUGCUUUUGAUUUUCAAGGUUGUACCCCAUAUCACUGAUGCCAUCCAAGAAUGGAUUGAGCGUGUAUCAAUGAUUCCUGUGGAUGGGAAAGAGGACCCAGUUGAUGUUUGUGUGAUAGAAUUGGGCGGAACUAUAGGUGAAAACGUCAAACAGUGACUAAAAAGCAUUAACCUCUUUUAGAUGUCAAAUCUUAGAAAUGAUUCCAACAAUUAUGUAAGCAUGGAUGGACGAGCUAUGGCACUUUUUUUAUGUGAAAAUUUCAUUCUCUAUGCAGGGGACAUUGAAUCAAUGCCAUUCAUUGAAGCACUGGGUCAAUUUUCAUAUCGUGUUGGUAAGUAUUUGUGAACUAUACGUCUGUAAGAAAUGAAAGAAUUUAUUCCCGCUUUCCUUUGCUAUAGUUCGGCUUGUUCUUUUCAGGUCCUGGAAAUUUCUGCUUAGUACACGUCAGCCUUGUUCCUGUUCUGAAUGUAGUUGGUGAACAGGUGACCAUUAUGUUAUUUUGUGGCCAACUGUAUUAUGUUGAAGUUGAUUAGAGAUAUGAUUUCUAACUGUCCAACCAAGCGACAGAAAUAUGUAAUUGUAGCUACUCGAUAUUUGAAUUUCAUUGGUUUCAAUUCUUGCUCUCAGAAAACCAAGCCGACUCAGCACAGUGUUCGCGGUCUCAGAGGGCUGGGACUGACACCAAAUAUUUUGGCUUGUCGAAGCACUAAGGUCCAUUAUUCUUGUCUAUUUCAUAUAUUUUCUCCUGUCAGCGUCAGUUGUCUGACUUAUUUUGGAUGAACAUGAAUAGCCACUGGAUGACAACGUAAAAGAGAAGCUCUCACAGUUUUGCCAUGUUCCGGUAUUCCAUUAUUGAUUUCUAGCGUUAAUUUUUAGCAAUAUUUAGGCUGUCAGUCACUAACUUGAGGAUGUCGAUGUCUUCUUCAGGUAGCAAAUGUCAUCACACUUUAUGAUGUUUCUAACAUUUGGCAUAUACCAUUGCUACUCAGGGUAGGUAACGUUUGAUAAGCAUGUUUAGUGUGUCCUAUCACGAUCAUCCUUUGUGCCUUUUGCUGUUAUUAUAAGCAACAUGCCAUUCUUCUGUGUUUUGUUGUAGGAUCAAAAGGCACAUGAAGCAAUUUUGAGAGAACUGAACCUUAUGGGGUAUGUCUUAUGAGAUUUUAUUUAUUUAUUUUUCUUGAUCAGAAUGGAAGAAGUUAAUCACCCCCUCUUCCUCAAGGUACCACAGCUAUGUAAAAUAAGAGAAUCUGUGCAAAUCUAUGUAACUAGAAGAGCACUUGGAUGAAAUCCUCCAUACGAUGCGUACUUUGCAUCACCAUUCAUGUGUAAUUUAGAAGAACUAUGGAUGUGUAACAAGAAGAUAAAUACCCAAGAUGAAAUCUUCCGAUAUAAUGCGGUAUUCGAGUUAAUUUUGGAAUUCUUAAACUGUUGCAACCGAAUUGGAUUUUUUUCAUUUGAUAUCUGCCCAUUUAAUCUUUCGGCUGUCAUGCAGUGUGGUGGGAGAGCCUAUGUUGGAUGAGUGGACAGAAAGGGCUAAAAUAUGUGACACGUUGCUGGAACCUGUGAGUCUCAAAAUCAUUCCGAUGCCUUACAUGUCUUUGUAGACGUGCAUUUGAUCUCAAUGCCAUUCACUUUGCAGGUUCGAAUUGCCAUGGUUGGAAAAUAUACCGGUCUCUCUGAUUCUUAUAUCUCUGUACUGAAGGUGAACUCAUCCCCGUUCCCUGAGUAGAUUUCCUUUUGUAUUCCUUUUUCCAUAUGAUAUUGGGCAUCUGAUCGGUUGACAGGUUAAUGGAUUAGUUUGGAUAUCUGCAUAAGAUUUAUAAUGUUUAAAACUUUAAUGUUUUCUUAUCAAAUAUUCGGACCGACCCAGAACUUUCCAUUUGUGUGAAUAUUUAUAUUUUUAGCACAGUGUUUAAUAUCUUUUGUUAUUCAUUGUAUAGCAUCGGUGUUUAAUAUGUAUCUAUUCUAGGUUCUGCAACCACAAGUUAUGAACUUAUAAUAAUGCAAUGCAUGCAUGCGGAGCAAGGAUUUGCGGAACUGAAUGAAUCGUUAAUGGAGCUUUGGUCAAUUUUACAGGCUCUUCUUCAUGCUUCCAUAUAUUGUCGUCGUAAACUUGUGGUGGAAUGGGUUCCUUCUGCUGAUCUUGAAGAUACAACUGCAAUGGAGGUCUUGUGGUGCUCCGCUUCUGUCUCAUUUUUCCUCUUUGCUGCCUAAAAUGUGUGCUAAAAUUAGGAAUUGUUUUUUUCAGUUGCCUGAUGCCCAUGAAACUGCAUGGAACGCGUUGAGGGUGAGAUAAUUUCCAAUUUCCGUUAUUUUUAUCAUGGAUUAUUUUUUCCUUCCGAAUCCGUCUAAGUCGUUUUGCAGAUCAGGGUGCAGAUGGAAUUCUGGUUCCAGGCGGAUUUGGAGACAGAGGGGUGCUAGGAAAAAUUAUAGCAGCAAAAUACGCCCGAGAAAAUAACAUCCCAUUCCUCGGUAUCUGUCUAGGCAUGCAAAUUGCCGUCAUCGAGUAUGCGAGAUCUGUUCUCGGUCUGAAAGAUGCAAACAGCACGGAAUUCGAUCCCAACACAAAGAAUCCAUGCGUUAUCCCUAUGCCCGAGGUCUAUUUCUUUAAUCUCUUUGUUUCAUUUUGCGCUGCACGUUUUGGUCGGUGGCCUGAUGUUGACUUGCAGGGUUCGAAAACUAUCAUGGGAGGCACCAUGCGUCUAGGAUCAAGGCGGACGUAUUUUCAGGACGGUGGAUGCAAAUCUGUAAAGCUGUGAGCGAAAAAUCCCCUCCGAUUUUUUCCGUUUUUUUUUCUUUUUUGUUCUGCUCAGCAAAGUAUAUCCUUUUGUGCGAACUGAUACUUUCAGGUAUGGAAACGUUGGACAUGUUGAUGAGCGGCAUCGGCAUCGAUACGAGGUAUGAACUAUCAAACCUAUCAUAUGUUUAUCUUCUUUUUUUUCGUAUCAUAUGUGAAAAAAAUAUAUAUCUUAAAGGAAAUUCUCGACCCUUAUUACUAACGACGUGCAGUGUACAUUCUUCAUCAUCUGUAGGUCAAUCCUGAUAUGAUCACGAAACUUGAGAGUGCGGGUCUUUCAUUUGUCGGUAAAGAUGAAACAGGAAGAAGAAUGGAGGUAUGCGUCCAGUGUAACUAUUUACUUUUUCUUUUCGGAAUGUGGGCAGGGAGAUAAACCAAAAUCCUUUUUUUUCUUAGAGUACGUAAGAAAUUUAAAUGUAAGUCUCUUCCUCUUCGUUUCCUUUCCUGAAAUGAUGCGAAUCCCUCUCUAUGUGUUCUCCAUGAACGGGCUCCCCAUCGACAGAAAAAUAUGAAGAAUCUGUUCUGUGCCUCCAUAUAUGAUCAUCAUUUCCCCAAGAACCCGGUGAGAGAUAUUGAGGACUUGAUUGAGGAACACAGAGGGGAACUCUCUCCCUGCAGAAGUUUUCAAAACUUCCAUGUCUAGUUUCACCCGUUGAUCUUUAAAAUUCAGCAAGUAUAUUUCAAUAGUUUCACUACUCUCUCCUUCCAAGUACUUAACUAGCACUGACAUCGGUGUCCUGAGGUCAGCUUCUUCGCCUUGUUGUGUUUCUACAGGUACUCGAACUGCCUACUCAUCCCUACUUCAUUGGCGCCCAGUUUCAUCCUGAAUUCAGAUCGAGGCCUGGAAGGCCGUCGGCUCUUUUCUUAGGUAUGAAGUAGCAUCAUCUUGACUGUUUACAAGAUCUCAUCAUGCAUCGACAUCAGUGGCCGGGCUGAAAUGGGGUCUCAGAGUUCUCCAAAAAUGGGCUCUGGGCCGACUAUAUUGCUUCAUGAACUGAUAUUUAAUUCGACGUCAAUCGAGUUUCGCAAGACCCAGAUGUUUACGCUCUGAUUGGCUGAAAAUUUGCAUCCCUGCCAGAGGUUGGCUCAUCAGCGGCGUAGAGGUUGACGGAGUUUUUCUUUCUGCCUUGUGGCAGGGCUGAUAGCGGCCUCAUGCGGACAGCUGGACGGUCUCCUGCGAGACCCUCCCCGCCAUCUCCACGGAAUGGCCACCGCCAACAGAGGAACCCAAAGUGCGCCCCCGAAGCCCCUUUUCAACAGCGGCUUCUACUUGAAACGGAACGGGGUCCAUGCCUAG